GGCUAUCCCCUUUUCCAUCAAAUCAAAUCCCAGACAACACAACACAAGCCUCCAACCCCAUCCCUCAUCCCACCGAUAUCCGCCGCCGACCGACUGACGGGGAAAUUCACCGGCACGGCUUCCUCUCUCGCAGCGACGGCGAUGAUUAAGCCACUCCGUACUCUCGACAACUGACCUUAUAGAGCCACCCAUUGCAGUUACCGCCGUUGUUAAUACGCAAGAAGCAAACUCCAAUUGGCUCGGCGCCGGAGGGAUUGGGGACUAUUCGAUAUUCUCGAGGCUAAAGAAGGGGGGCGGAGAUGACAACGCACUCGUUCAGGUUGAUUCUGUCGCCCCUUCCUCAAUUGGAUGCUUUCAAGCUCUCGGCCGGCGUGGAAGCCGCCGCUGGGGGUGGCUUCAGCCAUUUCCAUUCCCUCUCGCUUCAUUCUAGGGGUAUCGGCAAACGGUUUGCUUCAUCGUUAUGCCCUUCUCUGCGUAAACAGAAGUGGCUCUGUGGAUGUGAAAAAGGAAACCGAAGUAGCGAGAAUCUAGGAGAUGGAAAUGAAAAUGGAAUCCAGAUGUUUGGAUCUGAUGAAGACGUGCCGGCUCAAGUUCCGACUCAAGCACAAACGCUAGUUGAGGGGUCUGGAGCAGUUUUGGCAUCUGAGUAUAAACCUGCACCUGAUGUCGAUUACCUACAGGAGUUGCUAGCAAUUCAACAACAAGGUCCUAGAGCAAUUGGCUUUUUCGGGACACGAAACAUGGGAUUCAUGCACCAGGAACUUAUUGAGAUCCUGAGCUAUGCACUGGUUAUAACGAAAAACCACAUUUUUACCUCCGGAGCAGCGGGAACUAAUGCUGCUGUUAUUAGAGGAGCUCUUCGCGCUGAAAAGCCUGAGCUGCUCACUGUGAUAUUGCCGCAAAGUUUGAAAAAACAGCCCCCUGAAAGUCAAGAACUACUUUCUAAAGUGAAAAAUGUGAUCGAGAAGCCCCAGAACGAUCAUCUUCCAUUGAUCGAAGCCAGCAGGCUGUGCAAUAUGAGCAUCAUUUCCCAGGUGCAGCAAGUGAUCUGCUUCGCGUUCCAUGACAGCCGGCUGCUGAUGGAGACGUGCCAGGAAGCGAAGAACAUGCGGAAAAUCGUGACGCUGUUCUACCUGGAUUGAAUGUUUGAAGCUAAAAAUCUCACUCACCGGCUGACUUCACUGCUCAGGUUUGAUUUCUUCGUCAUCUUCUUCUUCUUCUUCCUAAUUAUUUGAUAUAUUAAUCAUAUUCAUAGCUGGAAAGAGCUUUGCAAAAACACACACACACAGCUGCUUGCCUUUCCAGACUCAUGAUUCAUCUUUAUGGUUUUCUCCAUCCUCUCUCACUCAAUUUAUUUUUAUUUUCAAGAAUACACAUGCAUCUAUCUAUAUAUAUAUAUUAAAUGUAUAGUAUUUUGCUAUUUAUUUUGAUGGUUUUAUGUCUGGGAUUUGCCACUAGGUCAUGCUUUGGGAUGCAAUCUAAUACUUCCUCCGUCCCACUUUUCAUGUCUACUUUUCUAUUUUCGUCUGUCCUACUUAUUUUGUCACUUUUCUUUUUUGGAAAAGAAUUAUAUAUUUUAAUCUUAUUUUAAAAAAUCUAAUUUAUAAUUUUUUUAAUUUUAAUUAUACUAAAUAGUUAUUUUAAUCUUAAUUUAUAAUUAUUUUUAUUAUACGAUAAUUAUUUUUACUAAUACAUUUUUAAUUAUUUACUAAUUAUACUUCUCAUAAAUUUCCGUGUCUACUAAAGUUAAUAAAAUAUUCGGGCCGGAGGGAGUAUUACAAACUAAAAAGUCAGGUUCUGUGUGGACUAGAGUUUUGAAAGUUUUGGAAAAUUUUGAAAAGAAUAUAUUAAUGUGAAUUGUUUCGUGAGAUUGAAAUAAUAUGAAGUGAGAUGUUUAAUGAUAUAGGUAAAUAGGGUCUUGUUAAGUCAAAAAUAAUAUAAAAAUAAAAAAUCAUAUUGUUGGCCAGAAGAAUAUUGUCCAAUUAAAUACUCCUCGUCGGGAAUUUAGGUAAAGUAUAAUUAGUAAGUAAUUAAGAAGUGUAUUAGUAAAAAUAAUUAUUAUUUAGUAAAAAUAAUUAUAGAUUAAGAUAAGUAAAUAUUUUAAUUAAAAUUAAGAAAAUUAUAAAAUUUAAAAUGCGAUUAAAGUGCAUAAUUAUAUUUUUAAAAAUAGAAAUGACAAGUUAUGUGGGACGAACGAAAAUAGAAAAUAGGGACAAAUUAUGUGAGACGUAUGUGAGACGGAUGGAGUAAUUUUGUUGAGAAAGAGAAUUGUUUUCUUGACUAUGGUUCUUUGGAUUUAAUUAAAUGCAACUUACGUUGUGCAUAUAAUAGUUUCUUUUUUCGGUUUUUACAUAGUUUUUAAUGAUUUGUACUUCCUUUGUUAUUCAGUUUUGUGCUUAUUUGAUCGAACAUAAAUUAAAAAAAUAAUAAUAAUUAAAAAAAAUAAAAAUAGAAAACUUUUACAAAAAAAAAAAAAGAAUAAA